UCUGUAUUUGGCUCACAAAUCCCUCUGUUCUGCUGCUCACUCAUUCUGACAUCCACUGUUCAGGAAGGGGGCGUGUCCCAGGAAAGCACUGAGCCCGCCCUCACUCACCAUGCAUUCACUCCAUCCCUGAGUCUGCUGUGCUGUGCUGGGUCUCUUCUUCCAGUCACUGCAGGCUGCUCUGAAACCCCUCCUCUCUGUUUUCAUGCUGCAGUCUGAUAGGACAGGAGUGAGCAUAGAGGAAUGCUAGUCCCGCCCUCACUGAUUGGACUUUGUCCUUGCCUGUGCUUCAGCUGGGACAAAAGAUGAUGCUACAGCCGGACAGGAUUGUGUUCUGGAUGGUAUGGGGACCCCUAGUGGUCUUUAAAGGGAACUCGGAGAGCAAUGCUAAACUGUGCUUCUCCUGUGCUUCAUAUCCAGAGCACACGGGCCCUUCUGUUGUGGCCCCCCUCCAGGUGGGCUCCCCUCCCUCCAGGACAUCCUAUGACCACUACCAUGGUCCCAACGAUGAUCAUCAUGAUCAGUAUCACCCCAUAGAAGCGCCCGCACCCCGGAUUUCACCGACUCCUCCAUUGCUGGAUCCUAAGCUCCAGCGUCAGGAACUUCCUGAAAGGAUACGAGCUAACCCGCCGAUCCACAGGGAGGCGCCAUCAACACCAUCACCUGCCAAGAAACACCACAAAACAGCGUCAAGAAUUGUCAUUGGUCCUGCACCAACUCCGGCCUAUGUCACCGAUACUUUCAAGAGUCCAAAAGGUACUGGUUAGACCCAAGGUUUGUCUGUCCUGGUGGGACUACAUUAUUUACCCCCUACUGGCAGAGGUGUAGCUUGUAGCUUCUGGGCCCCGAGGCAAGAUCUGCAACAGGGCCCCAUAUCCCAAAUAUAAUACUGGUCUCUUAUGAGGCAGAUGUUAUUUGGGGCCCCAGGGCAACUGCUGUCUCUAUAGCUACGCCCCUGCCUAUUGGGGUAUAUAGUGGUCUUAGAGAGGUCCAUAUAGGACCACUGGCUUUUACAUAGAGCUACGUCCAUCUACAUUUGCUGUAGCACAGUGGUCACCCAAUCUGAGGCUCCAGCAUUUGCAAAACUACAACUCUUAUCUUAUCUUACCGUCUUUGCCAGAUGGGAGUUGUAAUUUUGCAGCAGCUGAAGAGUCACUGUUUGG